AUGACAAGUCUCAGCUGGUGGUGUUGGUUCCCCCCUCAGUGCCCACCGCUCAGGUACCAACCUCUGUCACUACCGGGAGUACCGCAACCCUGUACUGCAUUGAGAAGGACGCCUCACCACCACCCACCUUCUCUUGGUAUAAGGACGGUGUCCUGA